ACAUGAAGCUGCUAGAGCUAGCUGCUACUGCAUUCUUUCUCUUCCUGGCAUCGCAUUUGAUGCUGACUGGGAGUGUAGCCGCAUAUCAAGUUACACUUAACGUGCACAACAAAUGCCUUUUUCCUAUAUGGCCUGCAACAGCACCAAAUACUGGCUAUCCAGUGAUAGCUGAUGGUGGUUUCUAUCUUCCAUCAGGCAAGAUUCAACGUAUUUAUGCUCCAUUGACAUGGAGUGGCCGGAUUUGGGCCCGAACAGGCUGCAAAUUCAAAUCCAAUUGGAAACCCGCCUGUGAAACCGGUGACUGUAAAGGAAGACUAGCAUGCAAUGGACUUAUAGGCAAACCCCCAGUCACGCUAGUGCAAAUUGCACUACAUGGAAAUCAGAGCAAGUCAAGUUUUUAUGAUGUGAGCUUGGUUGAUGGCUACAACAUCCCCGUUUCAGUCACAAUAAGCCAAACACCAGAACAAUGUACCAUUAGAGGGUGCUUGCAAAGUGUGAACGACGUGUGCCCACAAGAGCUUCAGGUGUUAAAUAAAAAGGGGGAAGUGGUGGCCUGCAAAAGUGCUUGCUUGGCAUUUGAUAAAGACAUCUUUUGCUGUAGGAAUGCAUAUGGGACCCCAGAAAAGUGCCAGCCUAGCGUCUACUCAAAAAUCUUUAAGGAUGCUUGUCCUUGUUACUAUAGUUAUGCUUUUGACACACCCCCACCAUUGGUAAACUGUGCCUCGGGAGAGUAUGUGAUAACAUUCUGUCCUUCAGGUUGGGGUGAUGCAUACACAUCCAUAUAGGGUGUGUUAUAUAGCUUAUAUCUCUAUGGGUGUCUACUUUCUGAUUUGAUUAUAGGCUGAUGCUUGUCAUGCAAGUUAAUACAAUAAAUUUGUACUAAGGAUUGACUGCAGAACUUCUUGAUGUAUUAGGAGCUCCAGACCAAAAACUCAAACUUUGUUCUGA